AUGCUGAUCUUCUUCUACUUGCAGGGCUACGACUAUAGCUCCGGCGUGUGGCAGUUCGAGGGCUACGGGUACGUCCCCUCCGGCACGACGGGGGUGUGUAUCAUGCAGGUGUUCGGCGCCAGCGACGGGGCCAGCACGUUCAUGCUGCGCGUCUACGAUGGUGCGCUGCGCUACUACGACCGGCAGCUAGUCGAGGACAACAUCUAUGACAGGUGGUUCCGGCUGAACGUGGUCCACGAUGUCAAGGCGUCGACACUCACCGUGUACAUCGACGGCGAGCAGAAGCUGCGUGUGCACGGCCGCGGCGGCCACUCGUACUUCUUCAAGUUCGGCGUGUACGCGCAGAACCACGACUCCAGCCGCAUGGAGUCUCGCUGGAAGCAAGUGAGGAUCCUCAAGAAACAUUAG